AAUUUUUUUUUUCUUUUGAUUAUUGAAAUACAUAAAUAGUUACUGUUAGUAUUUUUAUAUUUUAAAUGCUUACAGUUUUUUUUUUCAGUUUCCAUUCCUACAUGAAUGUAAAGUGUUGAAUAGUAUAGAAAACAGUUGUGCUCUGUACUUUAGCCACACUUAAGACUAUAUAUAUAUAUAGGUACUAUAUACACAUAAUUUAUAAUCAUAUUUACUUAUAUUCACUAUACUCGUACAUAAUAUAAUUACAUUACAGCUGCAUUGAACAUUAUAUAUUUUAUUUUGUGCCAAACUAUUGCUUUACUACCUCUAAAAUGAUUGUUGGGAAAUACAUAGACAACCACCUCAAUCUGAAUAUUAUGCUAAACAAGUGCAUCCAUAAUUUAACAUAAUACCCCAAAAAUACACGAGUAUGAAGUAGUUCCGUUAUAAUUUAUAUCUAUGAGAAAUAUGUAUUUAUACAAUUUGUGUAUUUUACGAAAAUGUAUGAAUACUCGGAAUAAUCGUUAAAUUAAACGAAUAGUCACGUAGAUUGUACACCAUUAAUCAACUAUGGCACUGUUUCUUGUAUUUUACUAAUAUGGCAUAAUAUAUUUGUUUCACUCCUGUCACUUUACUGACAAUCUGUGGAAAGGUGGCUGGCGGAUGACGAUAAUUCCGAAUAUUUGUACAAGUACUUAAGUAGUAAGUACAGGAGUCAUGGGUUUGUGGGAAGGAGAAAACCUAGCUCAAGAGUACGUUGCACCGACAUUUUUUGGCUGUUUACUGGUCGAUUAUUGGCACACAAUCCGAAUCACCUUAAUGAAAAUACAUCCGGUUGACACCGGCAAUCCGACGGUAUUAAACCAGGUGACCCAAGUGUUUCUACUCAUUAUUUUAAAAAGUUAACUUAUUUGAAAAUUUUCUUUUUAUAUAAUUGUGUGCCACUUCAAAACAACGUUUCUGAAAAAUAUUAUAUUUUUAAGUUUUUACUCUUUUGAAUGAUACCAAACAUUUUGUAUUUCAUAUUCUGGAGCAGAAUAUUAUCAAGAGUAUUUCGAGGGAUGAAAAUCAAAUUUCGGAGAAGUAGGUGGUUCAUUAGUUAAACCCAUAAGUAUUUAAAGUUUAGAUAAGUAUAAGUAGAGUAGUUAUAUUUUUAUUUUAGUUGGUGGUAUAAUAUUAUGUGGAUUGUAUUGUUAGCUGGGCUAAUUAUCCUACUAACUAUUGGUUUAUUUAUGAGAAUUGAGAUAUAUUAUAGCACUGAAAUACUGAAUAAUAAAAUGAAAAAUAUACCUACGUAUAAUGUAUGUAAUAUUAUAUAGUUUCGACCGUAGCAUUCAAAGUGUUAAGAAACUCGAGAAAUGAGAAUGGAGAUAAGAAACCGGGAAAGUAGGAAACUAAUAACUAUAUUAUUAUUGUAAUGAAUUCAUAUUUCAGGAUCACAAAUUCAUAACACAACGGGAUAUAGAGGAAAUCUAGGCCAAAGAUUAAUCAAUCAAUAUUCACUAAUUCACUAUUCAGUCAAGAAAUUUGUGGGUCCAAAGCGGUGUAUAAUUAUCCCGCACCGGGAUAAUGAACCAUCCAACCAUGUCAAUAAUGAAUUAUGAAUAAUAAUAUUAUACAAAAAUGCAAAUAUCUCUGAGCGUUUUUUUUUCAAACAAGUUUGAGCGAGCGUUUUAAAUAGUUGCGAAAUCGUUAUUUUACAUUUCAAUCAAUACUUGAAUACCUACUGCAACAGUGGUGUUAGGAGUAAGUUACUGAGUAGUGAGUACUGCUAAAUAUAUAAUAGGUUAUUCUCAACUAAUUUUUUUCUUUUGUUGAAGUGUAUAAUUUAAUAUAAUGUUUUGUCGCAAUGGUAAAUUGAUUUGAAUCUCUGUAGUGUCUUUCAAACACAAAUAUAAAUACAUAACUGGUAGCUCGUGCCUUUACUUAACACUAUGGUGGUGGCUAGUAAAAUAUUAAAUACAAUAAAUACGCCAUGCCAUGAAUUAGUACACCCGUGGGUGACUUCAUGUUGCGACGCAAGUACCGGCUUACUGAUUCAUUCGAUCCAAACUUCGUUUCGAAUUUACGUUACUACGUACAUGUUAACUUUACUGAUGAAAGGUCGAAAGCCGACCAAGAAGGAGCUCAAACGAACCCUGUUGAGCAUUUUACAGUCUACUGCUUUUCUGUCAUGCCAUUCAUUUGGUUUUUUGUCUGCUGUGUGCUUACUAAGAAGAAUAUUUGGGAAUUUCAAUGUGCUAAGCAUAGCAUCCCUUCCGUGUUCUCUAUCCAGUCUAGUCGCUAUAUUAAUUGAAAGGCCAUCUAGACGAGGAGUACUAAGUCUUUAUGUAACAAAUGUUUUAGGAAAAUCAAAUCAAGGUACUAUCCGAAAAGCAAUUACUGGUAUACAUCAAGCGUAUUAUACUAUAAACAGUGAAUUAAAAACAAUUUGGACCAGUGAUAUAUGUCCACACACUUAUGGUUGUUUAUAUUAUAUUCUUAGUUCAGGAACAAGAUUAUUUUUAGUUGGUUAUGCAUUACAAUUAAGUUUGAAGUCCUUGUUACAAGCCAACCAAAUUUUACGUAAACCGAGUUAUAUUUUAAAAUUAAUGAUAUCGUCAGAUACAUUUAGGUUAGGAGCGUUUCUUGGAGGAUUUGCUUCCAUUUAUAGAAUUGUAUCAUGUGUAAUGAGAAGAUUUCUAGGUAAAGACUCAAAAUACAUAUGUAUUCCUGCUGGAUCAUUGGCUAGUCUCACUUAUUGUUUGUAUCGUAAUAACACAAUUGCUUUAUAUGUUAUGUUGAAAACAUUACAGAUAAUGUAUGUUAAAGGUUCUAACAAUGGACUGUUUCCUGAUUUACCUCAAGCAAAUAUAUUCUUUUAUUGUUUUUCUACAGCUAUUUUAUCUCAUGCAGCUAUACUUGAACCCCAUAACUUAAGACCAUCUUAUUGGAAAUUCUUACAGUCUCUAUCUGGAGAAAUAAUAGGCACAGUUGAUCGAUAUUAUUUAGAUACGUUUGGUCUUAAGUCGAGUGAAUCACUUGAAAUAGUAUUAAAAAAAAACAAGCAUGUUCCAUCACACGUUUUUAAAUUUUAAACUAAUGUUAUUAGUUGAGGAUGGAAGAUUAUGUAUGGUUAAUGGUGUAUGUAUUGUAAUAGGGUAGUUAAAUUUAAAGUAUAUUUUAAUGUUGUUAUAGUUUUUAUUUUAUGGGAAACAAUUUGAUUUUUAAGUUAUUAAAUUAUUAAUUUAUUUUUGUACGCUUGCUUUUUAUUAGGUUAGAUUAAAAAUACAUUAAAAUAAGACAAUUAUUAUACCAGACAGAUCUUUAUAAAUAAA